AUGGCCAGCCCGAACAUCGGCCAGAACCUGAAUUAUGGCGUCGUCUGCUCGAAGGCCACCAGCGGCACGCUGUUCGUCCGCUUCAUCCACGGCCAGCUCAUGCUUAGCCCGCAGAGCCAAAACAUGGCGGCAAAAGGACCGGCGGCCAAGAUCGGCGAUAUAGUCGCUUUCUCGUGGCAAAAGUAUCCGGACCUUGAUGCAUGUGUGGGCGUCAUCGAUCGUUACCAAGUCGUCCCACCGGAAAAGCAGAAGAACUCGUUCAGGGCCUACCUUCGCACGACGAACGGAGCCACCGGGCCGAGCGUCGUGGUCUCGUGCGAAUUGCGCUAUCUGCGAAAAGAAGACGGGGUUUCGACCUUCAUCAAUGAGUAUCUCGGCAAGGUCUACGAUGACAGGCGAAAGAUCCACAACAACGCACUGACGGAGAAUGGGAUCUAUCAAUGUCUCAUCUCGCGCUUCGACGACCCUCGCCAGAAGCUGCACUAUUGGAUGGUGGUUCACUGUCAGUUCUUCCCCGAGACGAUCCUGAAAGGGCCUUUCCCCGGAUACGCGACUCGUCUCCCGAGUAGUGAGCAUGCGUUCGUUUGGCCUACUACCGGAUACAGCAAGCGCCCGAUCCAAAUCACGAUGGAGACCAUGAGCGGAUUUCACGAGUCGAAUCUGGGCCGCUUCGUCAACUAUUGGCUGAUCCCGAAGAGUCAAACGAUCGGUUUGAUGCGGAUCGCCGACGCUCAACCACCGCUGCGUCGAGACAACAAUCUGUGCCUGGUGUCCAUCUUGUGCACGUACACCGGCCAGAAAAACAGGAUGGGGACCUGCGAUGUGCUUCGGUCGGAUUUGUAUCACUGGAUCGAGGAUCGUCAUGGCGUUGCAAGGAACAUCGGUAUGAGUUCUGGCGACACGGCCCACUUUUGGUGCAUGCUUGAUGUGAGCUCGACAAACCCCGGCUACGCUGAUUGGGUGAUUCACGAGUUGGAUACGGAGAGGAAAAAGGAAGUGCGUAAGGACAAUCGCAAACUGGAGGGCCCAAAGAAGAAUAUGGCCGCGGGAUCCAGUGUUGGCCACUACGCCUCGAAGCGGGACGGGAUUUCCUACGAUCUUCCUAGUCUGGAGCAGCAAGAUCAUCAAGGCUUCGACCCCUACGCGCCGCUUGACGCCUAUUCGCACCAGCUGGACUACAAUCCCGUGGCCGAGGACACGCAUUCGGGCCAGAUCAAUGAUUGGUUGGAUAAAUCGAAUGCACUGUGGGAACGGGUCUCGCUGCCAAACAAUGGGCUCAUGCAACAAGAUCCUGAGGCUGAUGACCCGUGGAACUCGAUCGAAGACAUCCUGGAAGAUGCCGUCAAGCGCACCGAAAAGCGAACAGAUGUCUUUCCCUCAGUUGGACUUGAUGGGCAUGUGGCGCAGGAUCAUCCAAUGAAAUUGGCAGCCCCCAAUGCUCUCAAUUUGCUGCCCGGCCCUCAGCCUCCCACGCCGGACCAUCGCGAUGCUUCCGAACUGGAAGACGCUGAGGGCUCGAACAAGCGCCUUAUCACCGUCAUCCGCCAGCUCUUCAAGGACCCGAAGGUGCGCCUCGCCUCGCGCCAAAGCGACUCGACGCUCUUCGGCGAGCUGACCGAACUCCUCGCCUUCACCCAA